AUGCAUCUUGACUGCCUAACGCACUCAUCCGAUACCCGCGCCAAUUCUAUCACUACUAUUCAAGCCGAUAGCCAACGCAUCGCACCGCCUGUCAACUCUAUGGCAGCUCCUCGACUCGAAAGAGGCCCGGCGCUGCGCUCUGUACACUGGUUUGAACGACGUUGGCGCUCGAAACCUGCUCUGAACUUGGCUUUGGGGCUCCGGGUCUGCGAGUGCUUGAUAGGCCUGGACGACUUCUGUCAUGAUACCCGGACGCUGUACCUAUGGCGUGCCCCUGGCUAUGCCGGUUUUCAGGGAGACAAGGCCGUCAGAGUAAACGCGUCCAAGUCUAAGCUUCGGCUUGAAAACAUUGGGUUUGCUCACAACCGCGAGCGAGAUACUGAUGUGGGUGUCAAGCGCGAUCACCCAUCUCGAGCUUCAAGGACGACUAUUGCUUGGGUGUUGAAACGCUUCCUCACGCUCUAUCUCUGUCGUCGGAUGUUGCCCGUCCUUCUCAAGUCGCGCCCAUUCAACACCCUGACCGUAUCUGUUGAAGUUAUGUCCUGUUCGUGUUGCGACAAUGGUGACAAAGAUGAUGUAGGCGUGGAUUCUCAUUCUGUUGGUGGCUUCGUCCCACCUCCUGUCGAGAUCACGCUCGCCCAUGAUCGCCAAGAAACAUGUGUGCUCGGGCUGCAUCUGCCGGUACCAAGCCCUGCACCCAGUAGUACAGCAGCAUCCCAGAUCCAUACCCCCGUAUGCUGGGAAAUCCCUGAGAUUGUUGUCAAGCCUAUCCCAGACUACGUUGGUCCUGACGGAGUGAAGCGCAUGUGUCGUGAGUUGGAGGAGUCUCAUCCCUUCUCCACACCGCGUAAGCAGGAGCAAGUCUUCAUAUCAACUCGUCACGAGCGAUACAUAAUCCCUCCUUUCAACGCCACGCGUUUCUCUCACCUUGCCUGUCCACCUCAUCCUGAUCAGAUAGAUCCUUGGGGUUACGGCGGAUGGUCUACUCUUAUGCACCCGGACGGUUCUUUAUACUUUCACAAGGUUCUACAGGGAAACGACGGUUUCUGCAGUAUAUAUACAGAAGCCUACCUUUACAGUCAAGCAAUGUUGGAUGAGUUGACGCUAUUCUCCAAAUAUAUGUGGGAGCAUGCUGGGAACAUCAUCAAACUAGGCGACUACGAGGUCGUGCUCAAUGUCCAGCUCGACACGGAGCCCGAAAAGAUCGUCUGGAGCUACUACUUUAUUGAUCAUGUCCGCCGCAUGGCCUGUUGGAUGCGUCCAUACAGUCCGUGCGACUCUAUGCGCACCACCGAGCAAUUAGGCGCAUCCUCGCCGGACCAUCUACAAUAUCUUCUCAGAGCGAUGUAUUGGGAACACUGUGCACUAUUCCCUAGAGACAGUCGCGGAGUUCGACCAUUUCCCGAGGAUGCCUAUGCUACGCUUACUUCGGAGCUGGCGUGGUGCGCUUCACAGUCUGUCAUUGCCCCCAUACGCUACACAGCUCCGUUCACGACCGAAGAGGCUGUGCACUUGCGAGAGCAAGUUGACUGCCUCCGAAAGACGAAGAUGCACCCAGAGAAGUACACCGAAGUUGCUGGGGGACUCAUGGCGAUACUCGAGCGUUGGCGUUAUGAUUUCCUUCAUGGCACCCAGGUUAUCAGGCGUUUCCGUGGCCAGACUGUUCUGUCACCUCCUCCACAUUCGGCGUUGUACCGGGUUCUACUUCCCGUCCUAUUCUAUGCGCCCCUUUCCCAUCUGUACGAUUGCAAUGGCGUGUAUCUUGACGGUAUCUUGGCGAACGAACCCGAGUGGACAAAGCAUGUGAAGAAACUUUUGGCAGAGUGGGUCGAUUUCGUACUCUACGCGACCAUCCUGCUAGCCGCGAACUUGGCGUUUCUUUCCGUACCGAACGCCAUUUUGCUUCCUGAUAGUGGCGCCGGAUCGGACACUGUCGAACUCGUGUCUCCUGCUGCGAUCCUCAGCUAUUGCUCCACGAUCCUUAGCAUUGGCAGCAUGACCAUUGGGUUGCUGCUCAUCCGCCAACAUCGUGGCGAGGAGAUCAUGGACAAUCCCCGUACUGACAAGGAUACGUUCAUGGAGAAGCGCAGAUCCAAGACCCACGGAUUCGAGCAGUUGUCGAUGCUGUAUAGCCUACCCUAUGCACUUCUGAUGUGGUCAAUCCUGAUGUUUCUUGCCGCGCUCAUGACGUUCACCCUGCUGGCCACCGACUGGUUUACCCGUGUCUCAACGAUCAUGAUGCUACUUAUCGUCGUCACAGUAGCUGUCUGGUGCAUUCGGAUUGGCUGGGGCAAUUCACAGAACCAGGACUUCUUUCAGUACAAGAGGGAAGGCUGGCCUCUGACGCCGUUCGAUCGCGUUACAGCGCGAACCAUGAAGGGCAUGGAAGCGGCAAGAACACGACCGAGGAGGGAGCCCCGCGCGUCUAGAAUAGGUUGGCUCGCACGCUUUUUGCAGCGCGGUAAUCAGACAGGCAACGAGGAGGGCGUUGAGAUGGCUUGA